GCGCGAGUCACAUGUGAAGGAAGCAGGAAGUAAACGGGGGGUCAGAGCGCUGCGCAGGGACGGGCAUGGAGCGGAGCGCCGGAGCCCUGAGUGGGGCUGUCUGAAACCGCCACAGCGCCUUUUCUCCCUGGGAUGAUUGCGUUGGGGACUUGAGGGUCAGCUGCACGGUAGAAAUCCGAGAAAUAAGGCGAAACAUGUUUGGAAAUUUCAGGGAGAGGCUCCAGACGGUGCAGCAGGACUUCACCACCGGGAUAAGGACACUGAGUGACAAAUCAAAGGAGGUGAAGCGAAAGAAAAAUCAAAGGAGUGGGGAGAAUUUCACACAGUUUACAGCUGGAUUGGAAAUACUUCGCCGGUAUGAAGACACCUGGGUGAACCUCCAUAAACAAGGGAGAGAAUGUGCAAAAUCCGGAGAGGUGGCGGAUGGGGAGGUGGUGAUGCUGGCUGCCCACUGGGAGAAGAGAAGGUCCACUUUGGGGCAGCUUCAGGAGCAGCUGCGGCAGAUCCCGGCGUUCCUGGCUGAGAUGGAGUCUGUCACCACCCGCAUUGCACAGCUGGAGGCUGACUUCGAGGAGAUGGAUAGUCACCUCGUGCACCUGGAAGACCUGUGUGUUCAGUGUGAACAGCAGCGCCGCAAACAGUACCAUGUGCUGCAGCUGGAGAACUACAAGAAGAAGAAGAGGAAAGAACUGGAAGCCUUUAAAGCUGGGCAGCAGGUUGUCACGGUAGCAGCAGCGGAGCUGGACUCAGAGCACGCCCAGAAGGUGUUAGAGAUGGAGCACGCUCAGCAAGUCAAGCUGAAGGAGCGGCAGAAGUUCUUUGAGGAAGCUUUCCAGCAGGACAUGGAGCAGUACCUGUCUGCCGGCUACCUGCAGAUUGCCGAGAGGAGAGAGCCAAUAGGGAGCAUGUCUUCGAUGGAGGUGAACGUGGAUAUUUUGGAGCAGUUGGAGCUGAUGGACGUGUCGGAUCAGGAGGCCCUGGAUGUUUUCCUCAACUCGGGAGCGGAGGAUAGCAGCAUGACCUCACCAGUGCUAGAUUCGGAACCAGCGCUGCUCCCCACGGACCUUGUGCUUCAGGUGCCCGCAGCAGCUGACCACUGCAGCAAGCUGUCCUCCAUGUCUUCCAGCUGCACGGAGGACUCAGUCAGCCAGGAGACAGCUGGCACUGAGGAGGCCAGCGAGGAGGAUGUCGCCUCUCCCGUCGUGCAGUCGGAUGAGGAAGAGGUACAAGCGGACACGGCGCUGGUGACGCUGCCUGAGAGCCAGGCGCUACCAAACUCUGACGACAGUGACUCCCCAGCCUUGUAGGUAGAGGGUGCAGUGCUGCCAAAAUGGACCUGACAACCGCUUAAAACUGCUGUAAGAAAUUCACUCAGUACAAAGAGGAAACGGCCUUUAAAAAUGAGCUUUUUUACCCGCCCCCAUCCAAGGAAAUCCUACUCUUGUGUGAAAAAUGCUGCCUUUCCUAAAAAAAUCUCUUGAUUAAUAAACAGUCACUUUAUAUUA